GAACCUCUGGCCAGAGCAGCUUGCGGCGGAGGCAGCAGAGCGUCAACCAUUCGCAACAUCGUGUUUCUUUUUGUUCUGUGCACGCCAUACCACUUCUGAUACCGCCGUCUCUUGCAUUGAAGCUUCACAGCGUGUUACUGAAGCUGCGGCUUCGCCCUCAAUUCCACCAUGGCCUCGUCCCCGAGCAUGUUGACCAAGUUCGAGUCCAAGUCCUCGAGGGCUAAGGGCAUUGCCUUCCACCCCAAGAGACCCUGGAUUCUCGUGUCGCUGCACUCUUCCACCAUCCAGCUGUGGGACUACCGUAUGGGAACCCUGAUCGACCGCUUCGAAGAACACGAUGGGCCGGUCCGCGGCGUUGACUUCCACAAGACGCAGCCAUUAUUUGUAUCUGGUGGCGACGACUACAAGAUCAAGGUCUGGUCGUAUCAGACUCGACGAUGUCUGUUCACACUGAGUGGCCAUUUGGACUACGUCCGAACCGUCUUCUUCCACCACGAGCUGCCAUGGAUCAUUAGUAGUUCAGACGACCAGACCAUCCGUAUCUGGAACUGGCAGAACCGCUCCCUUAUCUGCACCAUGACCGGCCACAACCACUACACAAUGUGCGCGCAAUUCCAUCCCAAGGAAGAUCUUGUCGUUUCCGCCUCGCUCGACCAGUCCGUCCGCGUUUGGGAUAUCUCUGGCCUGAGGAAGAAGCACUCUGCGCCGACUUCCAUGUCGUUCGAGGACCAGAUGGCUCGCUCGAACCAGAACCAGGCAGAUAUGUUUGGAAACACAGAUGCAGUCGUCAAGUUCGUUCUCGAGGGCCACGACCGAGGCGUCAACUGGGUCGCAUUCCACCCUACACUACCAUUAAUUAUUUCAGCUGGCGAUGAUCGCCUGGUUAAGCUGUGGAGGAUGUCAGAGACAAAGGCUUGGGAGGUCGAUACGUGCAGGGGGCAUUUCCAGAACGCAUCGGCGUGUCUGUUUCACCCCCACCAGGACCUGAUUCUGUCAGUUGGCGAAGACAAGACCAUCCGUGUAUGGGAUCUCAACAGGAGGACAUCGGUCCAGUCUUUCAAGCGGGAGAAUGACCGUUUCUGGGUUAUUGCGGCGCAUCCUGAGAUCAACCUGUUCGCUGCUGGUCACGACAAUGGUGUGAUGGUAUUCAAGUUGGAGCGUGAGCGCCCAGCGUCAGCGGUCUACCAGAACAACCUCUUCUACAUCACCAAGGAGAAGCAUGUCCGGUCAUACGACUUCCAGAAAAAUCUCGAAUCUCCAUCUAUGCUCUCCUUGAAGAAGCUCGGCAGCCCGUGGACACCGCCGCGAACCAUCUCUUACAACCCUGCUGAGCGCUCGAUUCUGGUCACAUCGCCUGCAGACAGUGGCACGUACGAGCUGAUCAGUCUUCCGCGCGAUGCGUCUGGAGCUGUGGAACCCACCGACACAAAGCGUGGCCCUGGAAACUCGGCCGUCUUUGUCGCGAGGAACAGAUUCGCAGUUUUCAGCCUGGCUAACCAGCAGAUUGAUAUCAAGGAUCUCAGCAACUCCACAACCAAGACCAUCAAGCCCCCGCACGGAACCACCGAUAUCUACUUUGGUGGCACUGGCAACCUGCUCCUCAUAACCCCCACCAACGUUGUGCUGUACGACAUCCAGGCUAAGAAGAACCUUGCGGAGCUUGCUGUAGCCGGCGUCAAGUAUGUUGUCUGGUCCUCGGACGGCCUGCACGUUGCUUUGCUUAGCAAGCACAAUGUCACAAUCGCUACGAAGAACCUCGACCAGGUCAGCACACUGCACGAGACCAUCCGUAUCAAGAGCGCUACAUGGGACGACACCGGUGUGCUCCUCUACUCGACAUUGAACCACAUUAAGUACAGCUUGAUGAAUGGCGACAACGGUAUCGUUCGAACCCUGGAGCACACUGUCUACCUAGUCAGAGUCAAGGGCCGCAACAUCUACUGCUUGGACCGCGCAGCGAAGCCAAAGAUUCUUCAAAUCGACCCUACUGAGUACCGUUUCAAGCUCGCCCUUGUCAAGCGCAACUACGAUGAGAUGCUCAACAUCAUCAAGACAUCUAGUCUGGUUGGUCAAAGCAUUAUUUCGUACCUGCAGAAGAAGGGCUACCCUGAGAUCGCUCUCCAGUUCGUCCAGGAUCCUCAAACACGUUUCGAGCUCGCCAUUGAGUGUGGCAACCUUGAGGUUGCUGUGGAGAUGGCCAAGCAGCUUGAUCGCCCUAAGCUCUGGCAGCGACUCAGCACUGAAGCCCUCGCGCACGGUAACCACCAGAUCGUAGAGAUGACAUACCAGAAGCUAAGGAACUUCGACAAGCUGUCAUUCUUGUACCUCACCACAGGUGACCAGGACAAGCUGAAGCGUAUGGCCAAGAUCGCAGAACAUCGCGGAGACAUGACUGCCCGCUUCCAGAACGCACUCUACCUCGGUGAUGUUCAAAACAGGAUAGAGAUGUUCCAGGAGAUUGACCUCUAUCCGUUGGCCUAUGCUACUGCCAAAGCUCACGGCCUCGACGAGCAGGCACAGUUGAUCCUUGAAGCCGCCGGUGUCACAGAAGACCAGAUCAGCGUACCCUCGAUAGGCAACCCUCUCGAGCCAUCCAAGCCAAUCGUUCCGACCUUCAAGGCCAACUGGCCUACACGUGCAGCAUCUUCGAGUGUUUUCGAGAAGGCUCUCGCUGGUGAGAUCGAGGGUGUUGGUGACGAAGAGCCCGCGGCGAACGGCUACGGUGAUGAGGACCUGCUUGGUGAACCCGAGGCUGCCGGUGCUACUGCCGAGCUUGGGGGCGAUGAUGAGGAAGACGUCGGUGGCUGGGACAUGGGCGACGAUGGCGAUGUUGAGGCGGAGGAUGACUUCGUCGAGGUUGAGGGUGCUGACGCAGGCGCUGGAAGCAGUGAAGCAGACUUGUGGGCACGCAACUCGCCGUUGGCAGCAGACCACAUCGCCGCUGGGUCUUUCGAGACUGCCAUGCAGCUGCUGAACAGACAAGUCGGUGCUGUCAACUUCGCACCUCUUGAAGAGCGCUUCCAGGAGAUCUACCAGUCGUCCCGGACCUUCCUCCCCGCAACACCAAACAUGCCUUCUCUUGUCAACUACGUACGGAGAACUGUCACUGAGACAGAUUCGCGAAAGAUUCUGCCCAUCAUCCCGCGGGCUCUCGAGUCCAUCUUGCAAUCCGACCUGGCUGCGGGCAAGCAGGCUUUGCUCAAGAACCAGCUUCCAGAAGGUGUCGCUGCUUUCAAGAGGUUGCUGCACCUGUUGAUCGUCAACGUCGUUGCGUCACAAGCAGAGCUCACUGAGGCGAGACGAGCCAUCAACGUCGCUGCACAAUACACACUCGCUAUGUCCAUCGAGCUCGAGCGUCGCGCACUCGCUAAGGGUGCCACCGACAUUUCCAGUCUUUCUGACGAGGAUAAGAAGCGCGUGCUGGAACUGUCCGCCUACUUCACUGUUCCUGAGCUUGAGGGGGCACAUAGAUCAUUGCCUCUGUCAGCUGCCAUGAAUUUCGCACACAAGAACAAGCAGCUUAACACCGCGCUGAAUUUCGCCAACGCUCUGCUUGACAGGACUGGCAACGCGAAGAUGAAGGAGUCUGCCAAGCGUGUCAAGACCGUUGCAGAGAGGAACCCCGCCGACCAGAUCGAAAUCGACUUCGACCAGUUCGCCGACUUCGAGAUUUGCGCAGCAAGCCACACACCCAUCUACGGUGGUAGUCCCUCAGCCGCCUGCCCCUACGAUGGCUCGAAAUACCAUGCCAAAUACAAGGGCACAGUGUGCAAGAUCUGCGAGGUGUGCCAGAUCGGUGCUCCAGCAAGUGGCUUGAGGUUGGUUGGUUGAACGAUGUGUCGAAGUUCUAGCGUUGCUUACGGUCAGAGUUAAGAGUUGUAGCAGCAUUAUGAGGAUGAUAGAUGUAGCGAGCCCUAACGGGAACAAAAUGCGAAACGAUAUAAUGUUCAGU